AUGUCAGAUAAUCCAAAUCCAGUAAUUUAUGUUGAUAAUGAAAAUUGUAAAUCAUUUGAAGAUAAUGAAAAUUCAUUCAAUUCAUCAAGAUAUUCAAUUGAAGAAGAUCAAAUUGACGAAUUCGAUGAACAAGAGAUAUUCGAUUUAGUUAGAAGUAUAACAGAUCCAGAACAUCCAUUAACAUUGGAACAAUUAAAUGUGGUUAGAAUUGAAAAUGUUAAUAUCAAUUUGGAAAAUAGUUAUAUUUUACUAUAUUUCACACCAACAGUUCCACAUUGUUCAAUGGCAAAUUUAAUUGGUUUAUCAAUUAAAGAGAAAUUAGCAAGAUCCUUACCAAAAAGAUUUAAAGUUGAUGUUAUUGUUACUCCUGGUAGUCAUUCUUCUGAAUCUUCAGUAAACAAACAAUUAAAUGAUAAAGAAAGAGUUUCAGCAGCAUUAGAUACAAGUUCUUCAAUUUUAACAAUUGUAAAUGAAUGUAUAAAGCAAAACUAA